AUGUCCAACUUCAGUCCUCAAUUGUUAAGAUCACAGUCUGGAAGCCCGCACCACUACCGUCUGGGUCUCCGUGCCUUCCAUACCUCUGUCUCUGUCAGGUUCACUUCCCAUAUCGCACCUGUUCUACCCCAUCCCCUCACCCACGAAUCGACCCCAACAGCUUUCGAGUACCUUGACAGCCUUACCCCAGAGUCCAUACCCCACUCGACCUGUGUGGUCGAAUUCUCGCGUUCUUCGGGACCAGGUGGCCAGAACGUGAACAAGCUGAACACUAAGGCGACUCUGCGGAUGUCCUUGAAGCCGCUACCGAGUUGGGUGCCUGCUUGGUGUGUAGAUGGAUUACGUUCCUCUAAAGAGUAUGCAGCAUCUUCGAACUCGAUCGUUAUUCAGUCCAGCGCAACUCGGUCACAGGCCUCGAAUACCGACGAUUGCUUUCGCAAACUACAUGCGCUCGUCAAUCACCAUUCCCGAAGCGUGCUUGUUCCUAUUCCCGAUGAGGAGAAGAAGAAGCGGAUAAGUGAUCUUGAGAGGAAAGAGGCGGCAAGGAGGCGAAUCAUGAAGGAGAGGCAGAAAUCAAAGAAGGCGGGUCGAAGAGGCGAAUGA